AUGGGAAAAACGCAAAUAUGGGAAAAACGCAAAUAUAGGAAAAACGCAAAUAUGGGAAAAACGCAAAGAUGGGAAAAACGCAAAUAUGGGAAAAACGCAAAUAUGGGAAAAACGCAAAUAUGGGAGAAACGCAAAUAUGGGAGAAACGCAAAUAUGGAAAAACGCAAAUAUGGGAAAAACGCAAAUAUGGGAAAAACGCAAAUAUGGGAAAAACGCAAACAUGGGAAAAACGCAAACAUGGGAAAAACGCAAACAUGGGAAAAACUCAAACAUGGGAAAAACUCAAACAUGGGAAAAACUCAAACAUGGGAAAAACGCAAACAUGGGGAAAACGCAAACAUGGGAAAAACGCAAACAUGGGAAAAACGCAAACAUGGGAAAAACGCAAACAUGAGAAAAACGCAAACAUGGGAAAAACGCAAACAUGGGAAAAACGCAAACAUGGGAAAAACGCAAAUGUAG